CACGAGUACUUCUGUUCGUAGUGCGAAUUUCCCCCUAUUAUUUCUUUCUUUAUUUUCCUUUUCAUAAACUGCUUCUCCCACUGCUAAGAAGCUUACUACAAUUUCCAUCUACUGUCCCGACUCAGUUAGGCUAUGGCUAAAGGUGGUAAGAAGCAAUCAGCAACAAAUGGAGAACCCAAUCCAGAUAUGGAAGAGAAAAAGAGGUUAAAAAGACUUGCUAUUUCUAAGCAAAUGCUCUCAGAGAAUUCAUCAAGGGCUAACCAGUGUCUAGGUCCAUCAAAAACAGUGAUUAAACAUCACGGUGCAGAUAUUUUGCGCAAGUCUCAAAGGAAGAAUCGGUUUCUAUUCUCUUUUCCUGGUUUGCUUGCUCCGGUUUCGGGAGGUAAAAUUGGUGAGCUGAAAAACCUUGGUACUAAAAACCCUAUUCUCUACCUCGAUUUCCCUCAGGGUCAAAUGAAGUUGUUUGGGACAAUUGUAUAUCCGAAGAAUGGUUAUCUGACUAUGCAGUUCUCCAGAGGUGGGAAGAAUGUAGUGUGCGAAGAUUACUUUGACAAUAUGAUUGUGUUUUCUGAUGCAUGGUGGAUAGGGAAGAAAGAUGAGAAUCCUGAAGAAGCACGACUCGAGUAUCCAAAGGAGCUGAAUGUGCAGCAAGAGAAAUUGGAGUGUGAUUUUAAAGGUGGAGCCGGUGCUACAUGCGUUCAAAAACGAAGUAUUAGCGAAUUUGGGGACAAGCAUGUGGAAGAACAGUCUCCUGAACAUGAGCAGGAGGAGUUAUUAUCAGAAAGUCAGAAUGAUUCAAAAGAGUUCAUGGAAUUAACUCCUUCUCGUCGUUCAGCAAGGGCAGCAGGAAAAAAAUUCAAUUUUGCAGAACCUUCUUCCGGGGAUGAUUUGGUUGACAGUGAAGCGGAAACUUCUGAGGAAGAAGAAAAAACUGGCAUUGACAUUCUUUGUGAUGAUACUGUAGUACAAAGUCAAGUUGCUGAAAAAAUUACUGCUGCUGCUGAAUCUGCUUCCAAGUCUAAGAAAUCCACCCGUACUAAGCAAAGUUCUCUUGUUCAGUCUACUAUUUCAACAAUGUUUAAGAAAGUUGACAAGCUUGUCACUCCAGUUAGAGCUUCUCCGAGGAAAACAAGAAAAUCAACAAAUAAAGGUGAGUCCAACACAGAAUGUGGUGCGACCAUGUCUGAUCGUGUUGGUACUUCUCAGGGUGAAGAUGACAUUGAAGAGUUCUCUAGUUCAUCUAAGCUUUAUGCUCUGCUGUUAAGCCCUUGACUCUCAUAUUUUGGGUUAUUCUUCAAUUCUCAAAUAUAUUCAGGAUACAGAAGCUAGUGAUGAAGAUUGGGCUACUUGAGUUAUUGUCUUUUUAUAUUUUAAUCGAUAUAAUAUGACAACCAUUCUCAAUGGAUCUGUAAAUUACUCUCGUGGACAAAUGAUGUGAAUUCAAUUGAAGAAGCUGCUAACCUGGAUGCCAAGGAGGACACUACGAGUGACGGAGUGACCAUCACAUGGGCAUGCCAUGUUGGGACUCUAGAAGACGGUUCCUCCUAAAAUACUCAAAGAUUACAUUUGGGGGGAGGAUGAUAACGUGAAGGCGGCCACAGUUAGCUAUGGAAGAAUAUGUAUAAAGCCAUGAGGAUGUGAAAUGUGACUGACAGGCUGAAGUUGUUAGGUUUUUCAGAUUUCUCAUCUCUUCUGAAAUUCGAUUUUCCUUGGUCAUUUGGUGUUGAAUUGUUUCCUUUACAGUUUAAAAUCCAGUUAUCGUGUUAUCAAUUAUCAUAGAAUAUCAGUGUUGGGUUGAGAUUUUUGUUAUAACAAACCUUGUUUUGGUUUUU